CAAAUCGCUAUCGCCACAACCACGGGUCGACAGCACGGAUCUGUCAUUUAUUUUGACAUAUGGGAAGUGUUAUUUCAAACAAAUUUUCAGAACUUUAGAAAAAGAUUUAUACAAAAAAUGGAUAGUUUAAAAAAAUUGCAGGAUCGUGUCAAAGAAUUGGAGAAACAACUGGCUGAACUUCAAUCGAAAGAUGUGAAGCCGAGCAGAGAAAAAAUUGAGAAAAUGUCAAGUGAAGUUAAUCCUUCCAAUCCAUACAGUCGAUUAAUGGCACUGCAACGAAUGGGCAUUGUUGACAAUUAUGAAAGAAUUCGAAGCAUGACAGUCGCAAUUGUCGGGGUCGGUGGAGUAGGAAGUGUAACAGCAGAAAUGCUUACAAGAUGUGGAAUAGGGAAGCUCGUGCUUUUUGACUACGACAAGGUGGAAUUAGCAAACAUGAAUAGACUUUUCUUCCAGCCUAAUCAAGUUAAUCAAAGUAAAGUAGACGCUGCAGCAAAAACUUUGACAUUCAUCAAUCCUGACGUUCAAAUAGAAGCUCAUAACUACAAUAUCACCCAUAACGAUCCCUUCGAGCAGUUCAAGGACACAUUAAGUACAUCCAGUCUUUCAGAAGGCCCGGUAGAUUUAGUUCUAAGUUGUGUCGACAACUUUGAAGCACGUGUGGCCAUAAACAGGGCUUGCAAUGAACUCAAUCAAAAAUGGUUUGAAAGUGGAGUUUCUGAAAAUGCAGUCUCGGGUCACAUCCAGUUUAUUAUUCCCGGAGAAACUGCUUGUUUUGAGUGUGCACCACCAUUGAUAGUGGCUACGAAAAUAGACGAAAAGACACUGAAACGGGACGGAGUUUGUGCAGCAUCGCUGCCGACGACAAUGGGAAUCGUCGCUGGUUUUCUGGUGCAGAAUUCUCUUAAAUAUUUACUUAGCUUCGGCACAGUUACUAAUUACCUCGGUUAUAAUGCAUUGGAGGACUUUCUCCCUUCAAUGACAUUACGACCAAAUGAAAAUUGUGAAAACAAAGAUUGCCAAUUGAGGCAAAAAGAAUAUUUGGCUAAACCGAAAGUUGAACAAUGUGUGGAAUGCGUGGAAGAGGGACCUUUGCAUGAAGAUAAUGAAUGGGAUAUUUCGGUGGAGGAUGAAGGAGAUUACGAAGUAAAGAACAAAGCUCCUAAAACUUUAGUGACUGGUUUACAAUACGCAUACGCGCUUCCAACUCAAGAAAUCGAAACCGCACAAGAACAAUUACCAGAAUUUGAUGACAAAAGUAUAGAAGAACUCAGAGCCCAGUUGGGAUCCAUGUAAAAAAAUAUUCUGAACAUUUUUCUAAGAAAUUUUGAUGCUGUAAAGUUUAUACACAAUUUUAGCAAUUGAGAUUCCUUAGCAUUUCUCAAGCAAGUAAUUCAAGGAAGUGUGAAAUAUUGUAAAUGAUGGAAAAGGAUUAAAAAAACGUACGCUCGAUUGUAUUUUCCUUCUUCUGACAUAUUUUUGUUAUAAAAAAUUAUAAUAAAUAAAACAUUAA